AUGUUGGAGGUUUGCGGUGUACGUACACCCGAAAGAAAAGGUUUCGCAGCAGCAGCAGCAGCAGCAGCAGCAGCAGGCGCCCCGCACGCCGCCCCACGAGGUUUCCAGCUAGAGCUGCUGCUCCCUCAGGUGUCUAUACACCCCACGAGUAGCGCCUUUUGCAUCACUGCAGAAGCAGCAGUAGCAGCAGCAAGAGAGCAGCAGCAGCAGCAGCAGCAAAAGAGCAGCAGCAGCAGCAGCAAGAGAGCAGCAGCAGCAGCAGCAACAGAGCGGCAGCAGCAGCAGCAGCAGUUUUGUGUCUGCGUGGACUUGGGUUUGGGCAAAAUGAGCGACCACGAGCUCAGCGAGGGCGAGCGCGAGGGGCCCCAAGAGCUCAGCAGCCCCCAGGCGGUGGAGAAGCUGAAGGCAGCAGCAGAAAUUGCAAAUGCUGCUUUGAGACAGGUGUUGGCGCGGGUGGUGCCUGGGGCAGAUGUUUUUGAGUUGUGUUUAUUUGGAGAUUUAUUUGUUGCAAAAGAAGCAGCAAAAGUGUACCAGCGAAAGGCCAAGGCCAAGAAGAUCGAAAAAGGGAUAGCGGUUCCGACGUGCGUGUCGGUGAACGAAAUGUUUGCGAACUUUUCUCCUUGUGACCGAUCUGCUUCUUUGCUGCUGCGGGAGGGGGACUUGGUGAAGGUACAUUUGGGGGCGCACAUCGAUGGUUUUGUUGCUGCUGCUGCUUACAGCGUCAUUUGCUGCAGCAGCAACGCAGCAGCCUUCAGCAGCGGGGCCUCCCCCGCAGCAGCAGCAGCAGCGCAGGAAGCAGCAGCGGCGCUCCAGGAGACCCUCGCCGCGCUGCCCCCCGCCCCCGAAGAGUACCGCCAGCAGCAGCAGCAGCUCCGCGACGCUGCUGCAGCAGCAGCAGCAGCAGCAGCAGGCCCUGCUGCUGCAGUUCUCAAGGCCUGCUGGCUAGCAGCAGAAGCUGCGCUGCGCAAAGUCGACGUCGGCGCGAAGGCCAGCGAAGUCACGAAGGCCAUCGAGGCCGUCGCAGAAGACAUGGGCGUCAAGCCCAUGCACUCCUGCCGCUGA